CUGGGGUGCUUGGUUCAGAGAUCUUAGGUGCAGCCGGCGCUGCCCGCCGUGUGUUUUUGAGCGCCUAUAGAUAUGUCACCAGGAGGAAGCUUAUGUAUCCUUUCCAUUUUUGAUUAUAGAUCAGAGUAAUACCCCCAUAGCUGGUUCUUCAGACCCUUCAGAUUGGGGAUGGGACCUGUUCUCUUGGUUUAAUUUGGGUAAAAGUUGGCUCGUGGCUUGGAAGUCUCUGGAAACAACCCUUCUCCUAUGCUUAGUCUCUGUGGUUUCAGUGAAGCUUCAGCCAAUGAGUUUAUUGGUUUUGUGCAAUGGACCAAGGCCUGGACAAUCAGUCAUUGUGACUCUGGUUCAAGGAUGGGCAUCUGACCCUACAAAAGUCAGUCUCCACAUAUUUGCCAGAACUGUUAUGAAAGAAGUGUGAGUUUUCCAUUGCUACGUCAUGAGGAAAGCGUGACUGAAAAUGAGGCCCGCUGGAAACAGUCAACAAAAGGAGAGUGUAGUCUCGUGCUACCUGAAGCCCUGGGUCCAGUCCUCGCUGAAGGCUACGGCUUGAACUCUUCAGUUAUAAAAGGCAGUAAAUUUCCUCUAUUAGUUUAAGCUAGUUUGAGCUAUAUUUCUGGCAUUUGCCUCCAAAGAGUCUUAAUACAAAUUCACUGCAUUAAUUACAUAUGGUGUUUCCAGCAUCAAUUUCCAUGCCAAUAUUUAAGGAAAAAAUGUUAAGCUAAAUCAAUCAAAAAUACAGAAACAAAAAGGUUCUCCUUUAUGAAGUCGGUAACUGUAUUAUUUGGUGCACUGAUGUUCCAAACUAUUUUAUAACCCUGUGAAACGCAGCUCGUAGCCUCACAAAGUGUCCUUCGCUGCCACGCCUUUCGGUCUCAACCCUAGCUCGUUUGACAUCAAGACCUGCGGACGCCCCACGCUCCAACCCCUUCCCCGGGCUCUUGCCCCGACCGCGUGGGCUCUGGGGAAGCCGGGGCGGUGCGGGACCGUCCAGAUCCGCCUCCUGCUGGAAGCUGGGCCAGUAAGCAGGGACCCUCCGAGAGGUUCCUGGGAGAUGUAGUUUUCUUUCCGUGCCGUCUCGUCCGGCGCAUCGAUGCAUGACGUACUUCCUCGUGCGCCGCCGCCGCAGCAGCCGUAGUAGGGUACGCGCCUGCGGGGCUGUUUCCGGCGCGACGUCAGUGGACGGGAGCGGCCCGGCGACGUCCUGAGUUUCUGUGGCCGCCAAGCGGGCGGAGGCGCGGAGCUAACACGGCGCGGAGCGUCCAGUGCAGACCAGGAUCCUGGCCGGCUGAGCCCCCCACGGUCGGUCCGCGGCGUGGACGGAGCCAGCCCGGCCUCGGUCCCUCCCGCGUCAGGGCUACGAAACGGCUGCACGGAGCAGCGCGGGAUGGCCGCCGGGCCCCGGACAGCUUCGUGCUGGGGAUUACUGUCGUUCAAGGAUAUAUCUAUGGAGUUCACCUGGGAAGAAUGGCAGUUGCUGGAUCCUGCAGAGAAGCACCUGUACAGGGAUGUGAUACUGGAAAACUACCGCAACCUGCUGUCCGUGGGGUAUCAUGGUACAAAGCCUGAUUUAAUCUUCAAGUUGGAGCAAGGAGAAGAGCCGUGGAUAGUGAAUGCCAGAGCUUCCCGUCAGAGCUGUCCAGUGGAAGGUUGGAAAGAAUGGUACCAGAAAAAUCAGGAUGAGCUUGAACGUGUUGAGAGAAGUCAUGCUUGUAAUGCAUUUGGGAAACUUCAUCUGAGCAAAACCCAUGUUUCUUCAAGACCAAGACUCCAUAAGUAUAACACACAUGGAAGAAGUUUCACACAGAACUCAGGUUCAAUCAGAAGCUAUCUAAGAAAGAAUCCUAAUGAGUUUCAUGGAUAUGAAGCAUCAUAUUUUCUUAAGCAUCAAAGAGCUCAUAGUAUAGAAAAAAACUGUGUAUGUAGUGAAUGUGGGAAAGCUUUUCGUUGUAAAUCACAGCUCAUCGUGCAUCUCAGAAUUCAUACAGGAGAGAGACCUUAUGAAUGUACUAAAUGUGAAAGAGCCUUCAGUGCCAAGUCAAACCUUAAUGCUCAUCAGAGAGUUCAUACAGGAGAAAAGCCCUACUCAUGUAGCGAAUGUGGGAAAGUCUUCUCUUUCAGGUCACAGCUCAUUGUCCAUCAGGAAGUUCACACGGGAGGGAAACCUUAUGGUUGCAGUGAAUGUGGGAAAGCCUACAGCUGGAAAUCACAGCUUAUUUUACACCAGAGAAGUCAUACAGGAGUGAAACCCUACGAAUGUAGCGAAUGUGGGAAAGCCUUUAGUUUGAAGUCACCAUUCGUCGUACACCAGAGAACUCAUACAGGAGUAAAACCCCAUAAAUGCAGUGAAUGUGGGAAAGCCUUUAGGAGUAAGUCAUACCUCCUUGUUCAUAUCAGAAUGCACACAGGAGAGAAACCCUAUCAGUGCAGUGAUUGUGGGAAAGCCUUCAAUAUGAAGACACAACUUGUUGUACAUCAGGGAAUUCACACAGGAAAUAAUCCUUACCAAUGCAGUGAAUGCGGGAAAGCCUUUGGUAGGAAGGAACAGCUCACUGCGCAUCUGAGAGCUCACGCGGGAGAGAAGCCCUAUGGGUGCAGUGAAUGUGGCAAGGCCUUCAGCAGCAAGUCCUACCUCGUGAUACACAGGAGAACGCACACAGGAGAGAGACCCUACGAAUGUAGCUUCUGUGAGAGAGCCUUUUGUGGGAAGUCACAGCUAAUUAUACAUCAGAGAACCCACUCGACAGAGAAGCCCUAUGAGUGCAGUGAGUGCGAGAAAGCAUAUCCCAGGAAGUCGCAGUUUAUUACACAUCACAGAACUCAUACAGGAGAGAAGCCUUAUGAUUGUGGCCAGUGUGGGAAGGCCUUCUCCCAGAAGUCACAGCUCACAUCCCAUCAGAGGACACACACAGGAGAGAAACCAUACGAAUGUGGUGAGUGUGGGAAAGCCUUCUCCCGGAAAUCCCAUCUUAUAUCACAUUGGAGGACUCACACAGGAGAAAAACCCUAUGAGUGCAGUGAAUGUGGGAGGGCCUUUAGUGAAAAGUCAAAUCUCAUUAAUCAUCAGAGAAUUCACACAGGAGAGAAACCUUUUGAGUGCAGAGAAUGUGGGAAAGCCUUCAGCAGGAAGUCACAGCUUGUUACCCAUCACAGGACUCACACAGGAACAAAACCCUAUGGAUGUAGUGAUUGUAGAAAGGCCUUCUUUGAGAAGUCGGAGCUCAUUAGACAUCAGACCAUUCACACUGGAGAGAAGCCCUAUGAAUGCAGUGAAUGUCGGAAAGCCUUCAGAGAGAGGUCAAGUCUCAUUAACCAUCAAAGAACCCACACAGGAGAGAAACCUCACGGAUGCAUUCAAUGUGGGAAAGCCUUUUCCCAAAAGUCACAUCUUAUAUCGCAUCAGAUGACACACACGGGAGAGAAACCCUUUGUGUGCAGUAAAUGUGGGAAGGCCUUCAGCAGGAAAUCCCAGCUCGUUAGACACCAGAGAACUCACACAGGAGAAAAGCCCUACGAAUGUGGUGAAUGUGGGAAAGCCUUCAGUGAGAAAUUAAGCCUCACCAACCAUCACAGAAUUCAUACAGGAGAAAAACCCUAUGUGUGCAGUGAAUGUGGGAAAGCCUUUUGUCAGAAGUCACAUCUCAUAUCCCAUCAGAGGACACAUACAGGAGAGAAACCCUAUGAAUGCCCUGAAUGUGGAAAAGCCUUUGGGGAGAAGUCAAGUCUUGCAACUCAUCAGAGGACUCAUACAGGAGAAAAACCCUACGAGUGCAGAGAUUGUGAAAAAGCCUUCUCCCAGAAGUCACAGCUCAAUACCCACCAGAGAAUCCACACCGGAGAGAAACCCUAUGAGUGCAGUCUUUGUGGGAAAGCUUUCUUUGAGAAAUCCGAGCUAAUUAGACAUCAGAGAACUCACACAGGAGAAAAACCUUACGAAUGCCCUGAAUGUAGGAAAGCCUUCAGGGAGAAGUCAAGUCUCAUCAAUCAUCAGAGAACACACACAGGAGAGAAGCCCUUCGAAUGCAGGGAGUGUGGCAAGGCAUUCUCUCGGAAAUCACACCUCAUCCCACAUCAGAGGACACACACAGGAGAGAAGCCCUACGGGUGCAGCGAGUGUAGGAAGGCCUUCUCUCAGAAGUCACAGCUUGUUAAUCAUCAGAGAAUUCACACCGGAGAGAAGCCUUAUCAAUGCACGGAAUGUGGGAAGGCCUUUUCCCAGAAGUCACAGCUCAUUAACCAUCAGAGAACUCACACAGGAAAGAAGUCCUAGGCAUGGAGUUAACAUGAGUCUCUGAGGGAGAUCUUGCCUCAUUGUGCCUGAGAAAAUGCAGUUGUGCUAAGUCAGAUGACAGUCAUAUCUCCCUGUCUGUCUGGGGACGUUACGGUAGGAACUCUGAGUGAGGUUCUGUAGGGAACGCUUACAGCAGAUGUUUGUACCUGUUUGUAUCAGAAUUCAUAGAGUAGAAUGAGCCUAUGAAAUGCAGUGGAUUUCAGAAACCUCUCCAACCUUAUACAGUAGAAAAUGAACAGCAAAGAGGCACUGUGGACUAUGGACAUCAGAAAGCCUUCCAGCAGUCAGGGCUCAUUAGCUUUUGGAGAUAUUCCCACUGGAGGUAAACCCUAGUCCAGUGAGGGAAGAAAACCCAUGAAUGCAGCAAGUGACAUAUUUUCAUCCAGAAAUGACAGUUCAUUGUAUGUAAGAAAAUGCCCUCAGGAAUGAAACGCUAUGAACAUACUAAAUAUGGGACAAUCUUCAGCAAGUAAUUCAACUGUAUUAGAUUUUGGAGAAUUCGUAUUGUGGGUAAACCUAAUUUAAUGUCAUUGGAAAUAUGUGUCCCUAGAAAUAAUGCUACAAAGGGAAGGCAUACAGUUUUUAUAAACAUGGGUACCAAAAUACCCUAUUUAAAUGGUUGAUGGAUGUUCACUUUGAAGUAUGAAGUUUUUAAAAUAUGUGAAUAAAUUGAAUCAUUGAAACAUCUAAAUAAGAAAUUUCUCAGUGGUAUUUAUGGCUUGUUUUCCUGUGUCACAUAAUGUGUAUUUUGGAAUUGUAUAUGAUGAUGUAAUUGGGAGCAUGAAAUGUACGUGGCCUUGUAGUGCCCCUGAUGUCUGUGAAGACACAACACAUGCAGCCGGUUUUUCUAUUGUAAUGAUACUAUAAAAAUGGCAACUGAUAUAACAUGUCUUAUUGCUAAAUGAGUAGCUUAAGUAAUAACACCACAUCUCUUUUUUCCUUACGGUUUGUUGGCAUAUAAAAGGGGUCUGUUGUUACUUUCUCUUCAGUAACAAAAGCCAAGCUUGUGUAAAGUCUUGUGCAUCCUCAGAGUCUGAGAAACAGUUUCUAUAAAACCCAGUUAACAAGUAUUCAAAGCAGGAGCCACACAACAGCACUCUGCCCUGACACACUGAGUGAGCCGAAGGAGGCGGGCGAGAACUGUGACUUGGCACUCAGGCCACACCGAGGCAGCGCCGGGUGCAGCCUGUCCCCCAAGAAGGCCUCCAUGCUGCACGCCAGGUGCAGUGCUGUGUAACGCGAGUGCAGCUUAGACUGCAGUGCACUGUAACAGAAUGUCAUGCGUGCUGAGUGCUGCUGCUGCAUGUUUGAUAUUUCAUAAAAUACCUUGUAAAAAAUUAGAUGGAGAAACCAAUUAUUUAACAGUCACUCUUCAGAAAGUGUAAAAUAUAGAGAAUUUUGUGGUGAGGAAUAUAUUUUUGAUGUAUUCAAGGAAGCCUGUUUUGCCUUCCAGCAAAUUUCUGUGACUACUGGACGAGUAUUAGGGAACGGGAGUUUCAUUAUUUCAUCAUUUGAAAUAUUUGUGUCUCCUUCCUUCACAGUUGCAUCAUCCACACGAGAGACAAACAGUUACAGGGUGAUAUUUUACUUUGUGUUUUUUCCCCUUUUUUUCUUGCCAUCUAUCAUGAUUCUCUUCCCUAGUCCCAGAGAUUGAUUAAUUAGGUCUUGGACUGAGCUCAGGAGUCUGGUCUAAAAGUUUCCUAAUUUUGCUCACUCCAGUUCUAGAUUAUUCCAUUAACCAGUUAAACCCAGUAUUUCCUUCACUGGAUAAUGGAACUUCGGCACUAGCCUAUUGAUUGAAUACCCUAGAGCAGGAUCUUUUUCUAAGGGUCGGCUGUUAGUCAUGGGGAGGGCUGACACUCCAGCUGAGGUCCAGUUUAUCAGAAGGCCUGACGAGGAGACCCAGGCAUGUGUAGGACUCACUGGGAGCAUUCUGUUCUGAAGUGUCAUGAGAGGGCUCUGAUUCUGAAAUUAGAGAUUUUUAGUGUCCGUUUUUUAAAUUACCUUGGUAAAUCCCCCAAAAUGUGUCCCCACAUUUCCCCUCUUGAUUCCUACCACAAACCCCACAUCAAGAAGAAAACUAGUUUUAAAGUUAGGCCGGAUUUACAUACAGUUUCCUGGAGCCCGUGGGGUGCGCUGAGGGAGAGCACUCAAGGAGACAGAGAGGAGUCCCCACCUUUGCUUUCCUCUCAGUACCCAGGGCCUUCCACUCUCCCGGAGACAGUUCAACAGGGACAGUUUCUGCUGUGUUCUUUGACUAAGCAGUGGGUUUUUUGGAGGUGCAGUCUGAAUUUUGGGGCCUGUCCCAGGAGUGCCUUCCGUUCAGCUUUUCUCUGUGGGCUUUGAUAUCUUCUGACAUAGUUAUGUCUGUAUGGAUCCAUGUGUUCCUGGUAUUUUGGUUUCGGGAACAUCACUUGUCAAUGCUGAGAUGAAGUGAACCCAGAGAAUACCAGAUUUAUCUCACAAUGUCUGCGUUAAAUAGCAAAAUGUGGAUCAAUAGGCAUUUGGAAUCUACACUUGAGACCUCAGCCAUCUGGUCAUUCAUUCCAGCAGUUGGUGCCAGGGUGUCAGUUUCAGGGGGCUUGUUAGUCCUCAAGUACGGCCCCAAUCAGCCUUCAGACACUCAGCACCUUGUCCAGCCUGAGAGCUGGCGACCGAGCUCAGCCGUGACCCUGCAGCUGUGUGCACACGUUUUGCACCUUGCCUUCAUUCUUUCUUAGUCCAUUUUUCACACUUACACAUAGUAGUUAUUUUAAGAUGCAAUUCUGAUUCCAAACCUGUGUGUUGAAAUAAUUGUGGACUUAAGAAAGUGUGGUAUCAUGGUAUUGAGGACUUUCAUACAAAUCCAUGCCUCUCCAUCAUUUCUGAAUACUUUAACUUUCCUCCCACACAUUUUUUUGGCCUUCUUGAACUACUCACAGUUCUUUGAGAUUUCUACAGUCUCUCAUCUUAUGCUUUUUGCAAAUCUAUGGAAAUGCCCUUUUUCCUUGUUAAUGCCUACCCAACCUGUAUGAACCUGUACAUGUGUUUGUGACUGUGAUAAUAUAAUCAUUGCAUGUUUUAUCUUUUCCACUAGAAAGCUUCUGGGAAGCUGGGACUGUCUUGUUUGUCUAUAUAAUUUUAACAGUUGAAGCUGAAAUAUAUACAUGUGGGGGCUAUCAGUGGCUGUGUUUUCUACCACUUGGAGAAGCAGAGUCUGCACUGGGAGAGAAGAAUGAAGCCUUCACAGAAGCAAAGUCAAAGGACAGUCCUGACUGAGUCCCAGUUUCUGGUUUUUCUUGUCUUGCUGUCCAGAUUCAUCCCUGCCCUCUCCAUGCCUUGAUUGUUGGGUUCUUCUGUGAGAUAUCGCACAUAUCCUAAUAAAGUUCCAUGUUUGCUCCGUC